UGCAGCGCAGCGUCUUGCUCUGCGCCCGGGGACCCUCGCACUGCAGGAGCUGCAGCCACUGACCACGGGCAGCCCCAGGGAGGCCCAACCAAGACCUGCCAGCCGCACACAGGGGGCAUGAUUUGGGGACUGGAUGUGACUGUCCUGAGCAUCUCGUGAUCUGCAGAAUGACAGCCAUGAAGGAGCAGCCUGCAAUGAGCAGGGCCAACCCCCCCCAGGAGCAGGAGCUGGGAAGCAGCGCCCCGCCGCAGAAGAACUGGAAGGGAAUUGCCAUCGCUCUGCUUGUCAUCCUGGUGGUCUGCUCACUAAUUACAAUGUCCGUCAUCCUCCUCACACCAGAUGAAAUUCCCAACUCCUCAGAAACCGUCCUCACGCUGGAAAAUCUUUUCCGGAAGGAAUUUUCCAUCCAUGAUCCGGAGCCCAGGUGGAUUCACGAUCAUGAAAUUGUGUAUAGAGACCGGGACGGUUCCGUCUUCAGAUUCAAUGCGGAAACAAACGAGACGGCGGCGCUUCUGGAAAACUCCACGUUUGUAACGUUCAAAGCGUCUCGAUACUCGGUGUCCCCGGAUCUCAGAUACGUUCUGCUGGCGUACGACGUCAAACCGGUUUUCCGUUCUUCCUUCACGGCCUCCUACGUCAUCUACAACAUUCAGACAAGGGAAGUUUGGGAGUUAAACCCUCCAGAGGUGGAAGAUUCGGUUCUACAACAUGCAGAGUGGGGUAUUAAGGGGCAACAGCUGAUCUACAUCUUUGAGAAUAAUAUUUACUAUCAGCGGGACGUGAAGAGCAGCUCCCUGCGCCUGACAUCUUCCGGGAAGGAAGGAAUCAUUUAUAACGGGAUCUCUGAUUGGCUGUACGAAGAGGAGAUCCUGCGCAGUCACGUCGCCCACUGGUGGUCCCCGGAUGGCGAAAGGUUGGCGUUCCUAAUGAUAAACGACUCCUCGGUCCCCAAUAUGAUUAUUCCGCAGUUCACCGGCAGCCUGUAUCCCAAAGCGAAGCAGUAUCCGUAUCCCAAGGCAGGACAAACCAACCCUUCGGUGAAGCUGCUUGUGACGAAUCUCUAUGGACCGACUCACACUCUGGAGCUCAUGCCCCCCGACAGCCUGAAAUCCAGGGAUUAUUACAUCACGAUGGUGAAAUGGGUCAGCAACACCAAGACCGUGGUGCGCUGGUUAAACCGCGUGCAGAACAUCUCGCUGCUGACGGUCUGCGAGACCACCACGGGAGCGUGCAGCAAAAAAUAUGAAAUUAUCUCGGAUAUUUGGCUGUCCAAGCAGAACGAGGAGCCCGUGUUUUCUAAAGAUGGCAGCAAGUUUUUCCUCACGGUGCCGGUGAAACAAGGAGGACGCGGCGAGUUCCACCACAUCGCCAUGUUCACCGUCCAGGUGAAAACAGACGUGGUCGGCAUCCGGCACCUGACGUCGGGGAGCUGGGAGGUGAUAAGGAUCCUGGCGUAUGACGAAGCCGCGCAGAGACUGUAUUUCCUGAGCACAGAGGGAUCCCCCAGAGGACGGCAGCUCUACAGCGUCUCGAUCUCCGGCCUCUUGCAUCGUCACUGUCUGUCCUGCGGGUUUGCGAGGGGCCAGUGCACGUACUUCGACGCCAACUUCAGCCCGUCCAAUCACCAUUUCCUACUGCACUGCAAAGGUCCAGGCGUCCCCAGGGUCAGUGUACACAGCGCCAGUAACCCUGCAGAUUUUUAUUCCAUAGAAAACAAUUCCGUCCUGAAAGAAGCGAUUUCACAGAAAAAGAUUUUCAAGAGUGAAAUAAAACCGAUUCAUAUUGAAGAUUACGACCUUCCUCUGCGCCUGUCACUUCCCAAGGAUUUUACGAAGCUGAACCAAUAUCCGCUGCUCCUCAUCGUAGAUGAAGCCCCCGGCAGCCAGCUGGUGACGGACAAGUUCCACAUGGACUGGGACUCGGUGCUCAUCAAUUCCCAUAACGUCAUCGUGGCGCGCUUCGACGGACGGGGCAGCGGAUUCCGGGGUCUGAAGAUCCUGCAGGAAGUUCACCGCGGGAUAGGAUCCGUGGAAGUAAAGGACCAAAUAGCUGCCGUGGAGUCGUUACUCAGGGAGCCGUUCAUUGAUCCCAACAGAUUAAUCAUUUAUGGAAAGGGCUACGGGGGAUACAUGGCUUCCAUGAUCAUAAAGGCCAGCGAGAGGCUGUUUAAAUGCGGCGCGUUGUUUGCACCGAUCACAGACAUGAAGCUGUAUGCUUCCGCGUUUUCUGAGCGCUACCUCGGGAUGCCGUCCAAAGAGGAGAACGCGUACCAGGCCUCCAGUCUGCUCCACAAUAUCCACACCUUCAAACUGAAGAACCUGCUUCUAAUCCACGGAACAGCAGACGCAAAAGUACAUUUUCAGCAUUCAGCCGAAUUAAUCAAACACCUGAUCAAAGCCGGCGUCAACUACACCAUGCAGGUUUACCCCGAUGAAGGUCACAGCACGCGGUCGGAGAAGAGCCGCUUCCAUCUGUACAGCACUUUGCUGCGUUUCUUCGGAGAAUGUUCGCAGGCGGAGAGUCCGGUUUUACCGCAGGAGCCGGAGGAGGACGAGUGACAGAGCGAGACAGCCC